ACCGUUGUACAACGUACAACAAAAAGGGAGACGAAGAUAAGCACUGACACGUUGACGAAAAAUGUACGAGCAGUCGCAUAGAAAAGAAAAACUUUGUGUUUUUGGUUUAACGCGCGAAUAAUCGUAAAAAUUUUGAUCAGUUUCAAGCAGUAACGUUGCCUGCAGUGAUCGACAGUUAUUUUUGGUGAUUGUCUACAUUACGGAACGGAAGGAAGAACAAUGAGGUUAUAUCAGUUUCGAUUCGAUGGUUUUCCAGCGGCGCGCAGUUCGCGGAGGAUUAUGCGAAACACCACGUCUCAUUGUCGCGCAUGCAACGCGCGGUUUUGACGAUGGGUGCAGCCGCGAUAUCCUUCGUCAGUCCGUUUCGCGGUGACAUGAUUGCAUGCCUGGGAGAAACUACCGGCGCCGGUGCGCUUUCCUACUGUCACCAGCAAAUGCUAGCUACCUCCGAGGGACGCCGCAUCCUCGUCGAAAAGCCCCGCAUUUCAUCCUCAACGAUUGACCUUUCCGCGUUAAAACGCUUGCCAAAGGGGACCGUCGGCAGGACUUAUCGCGAAUUUUUGGACGUGAACAACGUGUCCCCCGAUUCUAGACCUGCGGUCAGAUUCGUCGAAGAUACCGAGUUGGCGUACGUAAUGCAACGAUAUCGAGAAACUCACGACAUAUUUCAUGCGAUGCUUCUAAUGCCAACCACGAUGCUCGGUGAAGUGUCAGUCAAGUGGAUAGAAGCGUUGCAAUUACGUUUGCCAAUGUGCUUGAGCGGAGCGAUAUUCGGAGCGUAUCGGUUACGUCCAAGGCAAAGGAAGAUGUACCUCGAACAUCAUCUUUCGUGGGCCAUUAGGACGGGAAUCAAUGCGAAAUUUCUGUUGGGAGUUUACUUCGAGGAACGGUGGGAGCAGCCGCUCGUUGAAUUUCAUCGUGAAAUGAAUAUCGUCCCUUUGGUGCAAAUAAAAAAUUGAAACGGAACGAAGAAGUUGGUAGGAAUCGCUCGGACGAGUUCUUCUUUCCGUGGUCGUUCCGUCUUUGCACAGAAACAGUAACUUCCUAGAUGGUAUAACAAUGUUUAUUCGUCGUAACUUUGGAAAUAUGAAGAAUAUAAUUUUUGAU